AUGGCGACUUUUGCGAGCUCAUCACGCAGUCCUCCUAUAAUUGACAUGACUCUUCUCAACGACCUUUAUGACGAGAUAGAUCGCAACCCCCCAGCUCUGGAAGCUCGCAGGCUACUUAUCCAGCAAUGUAUGGAGGCAGGAUGGGUCGACGCCGCAAGAGAUGCCAUUCGAGCUUACUUGGAUCUCGACCCUUAUGACGAAGAGAUUCUUUCCAUGGAAGAAUUUUUAUUUGAAGACGACUCUACUCGAUCGCAAUCACAUCACAUCCCAACUCCGGCAGGCCCACCUCCUCGACCCCCUCCGCCUUCGGUGCCUGUCGAUAUCGAGGAAGCGCAACUCGAGCUGCUUCGCGGCUACAAUGCCUUACGCACCAAAGCAGCGAAAUUGCUUCGCGAGACUUGCUUGAAAAAAGAAGCGUCAAUUUCCCCGCGCUUCGAUGUGCACAUUCAAAACCUGACAGAUAUAACUGAUGGGCGUAUUAGCUCUGUCGUACGAGUAAGGCAACCGGGAAGCGCUCAGGCAGUAGCGCGGGCCAUGGAGAAGAAUCCCGAGAGAGCUGUGGAUAUUGCUAUCGGUGAUCUAGAAGACAUGGCUCGCUGGCUACGAUCGCAAUCUGGUCACCCGGACAAUGAUGCCGUGCGCGAGGCUCUGGUCAAAAGGGUGGGCAUGUUGUCCUCUGCGCUUUCAAACGGGAUGAAAAGGAACGCAUCGCUGGCUCUGAUGCAUGUGGAGCACGAGCUUCUACGCCGGACUUAUGUCUGCGAUGAAACUAUGUAUGGGGAUAAGGUGGCCGAUAUCCCGCGGACUCGGUUUCUAGCAACAGAGGAUGGCUAUCCCUGGGAUAUGGAGGAGUUGGCUCAGGCGAUUCAAAGCAACGGCGGAAUAAUGCGCAACCCUCUCAGCCGCCAAAUGUUUACUACCGAAGACAUUCGAACAAUCUUGCAGCAUCCCCUCGGAAAGGGGCUUGCAGCUUUGGGAGUCGAACAAGGCAAGCUUUCCAAAGGUGUCCGACCAAAGACAAUCGAGGAGCUUGAGAAAAUGUCCGUAGUCCUGCUUGCGGACAUGAGCGAAGACCAAAUGGAGAGUCGACACGUCUUGGACCAAUUCCUCGGAUAUGUCGCAACACUUCCGGGGUCGGAGCAGAAGGCACUCGAUAAACUCCGCGUUCCUGCAAAAGACAGUCACACUGGCCAAGCUUUCGACACUACCAUUGGUGAGGCUGUUCGGGAUGCAAAAGCAAAUGUUGUAUGCAUCCACAAAAUUGGGGACUUUUUACAGCAAGCUGCAAGGCACUUAAAACGGUCAAAGUAA